UUUAAUUUUGCACAUGCACGGUGUCUUCCAUGGUAUGCAGCGGUGGCCGGCGACGGGAUCAUCCUACAGGACCUGAGGAUCGAGAACACGGCGGGGCCAGAGAAGCACCAGGCGGUGGCGCUGCGCGUGAGCGCCGACCGCGCCGUGGUCAGCCGCUGCCGCGUGGACGGGCACCAGGACACCCUCUACGCGCACCAGCUCCGGCAGUUCUACCGCGAGUGCGCCGUCUCCGGCACGGUGGACUUCGUCUUCGGCAACGCGACGGCGGUGCUCCAGCGCUGCGUGCUCGCCGCGCGCCGGCCCGCGCGGGGCCAGAAGAACGCGGUCACCGCGCAGGGGCGGACGGACCCGAACCAGAGCACGGGCACGUCGCUGCAGCGGUGCCGCGUCGUGCCGGCGGCCGACCUGGCGCCGGUGGCGGAGGCGUUCCCGACGUUCCUGGGCCGGCCGUGGAAGGCGUACUCGCGGACGGUGUACCUGCAGUCGUACCUGGGCGGGCAUGUCCACCCGAGGGGCUGGCUGGAGUGGGACGGCGACUUCGCGCUCGGCACGCUGUUCUACGGGGAGUACCAGAACGAGGGGCCGGUUGCCGGCACGGCUGGACGGGUCCGGUGGCCGGGGUGCCGCGUCAUCACGGACCGGAGCGUGGCGGCGCAGUUCACCGUCGGGCAGUUCAUCCAGGGCGCCUACUGGCUCAACGGCACCGGCGUGGCCUACGACGAGGGGCUCUGAAGGGUAUUACUGACCCUUCCUUUCACUGGUUAUUUACUAUCUCGAAUCCUCACCACCAGUUCUGUCGAUUGGGGUUGUUCCUCAACCACAAAUUUAAUAAACCCAAUUGCUAAAAAGUGCUUGGAUGCUCCUUAGCAUUCGGAGCACUCGUUUUUUAUCCGUCCGAUCCGCCCGAUCAAAACG